AUGCAAGCAACCAACAAUCUCGGGAACAGGAGAAUUCACAGAAGAUCAACUUGGGAAAGAAACAAGGAAUUGCAUAAGCCAAAUACGACAGAGAAGGAUGGUGAAUCAACUGAAGAAAUCAAGACGACGACCACAACUGACCAACAGAGGUCUUCAGUGUUACUUCAAAUGACAACUGCAUAUGCUUACAACAACGCCGAUUCAAAACGAACCAAAAUACGGAUGCUGUUUGAUUCAGGAAGUCAACGUUCCUAUAUAACGAAUGAACUGAAAGAAAAACUGGAUCUCAAACCGAUAAAGCAAGAAACCCUUAAUUUGAACACCUUUGGAGAGGAAGGAUUCAAACGGCAAAAAUGUGAUAUGUUCUCUCUGCAAUUGCAGGGAGAGGACGGUGAAUUAGACAUUGAAUUAUCAGCCUUGGCAUUUCCAGUCAUUUGUUCCCCUGUGUGA